AUGGCAUCGAACAGUGUUACAUAUUUUCGUUUCAUUGUUAAUGGACAAACGAGCGACCUGCAGCCACUGCGGGCGCGGCCGACCAACAUGGUCCUUCGAACCGAACGAUAUACCGAACCGCUCCAGGGAAGCAGGCAGCAGUACGUGUUGGGGCCACGUUGGGCGGGCGCGCGCUACACUGACGCCAAGUCCGACACGACUAGCUUCACUAUAAAAUGCAUUUUGGACGUUCAUCAACAAUAA